GUGACCGGAAGUAGAAUGUGUUUCAUUCAAAGCGGCACAGUAGACAGUGCGCGGAGAGGAGCAGCGCAUGUGGGAGAUGUGGAGGAGGACGCGUCCCAGCUCUUGUUUCCUAAAGAGUUUGAGAACGCAGAGACCCUGCUGAACUCGGAGGUGCACAUGUUACUGGAGCAUCGCAAGCAGCAGAACGAGAGCGCAGAGGACGAGCAGGAGCUGUCCGAGGUCUUCAUGAAGACCCUCAACUACACGGCCAGAUUCAGCCGCUUCAAGAACAGAGAGACCAUCGCCAGCGUGCGCAGCUUACUUCUGCAGAAGAAGCUUCAUAAGUUUGAGUUGGCAAGUUUAGCCAAUCUGUGUCCCGAGGCUGCGGAGGAGGCCAAAGCCCUCAUCCCCAGUUUGGAAGGCCGGUUUGAGGACGAGGAGUUACAGCAAAUCCUGGACGAUAUUCAGACGAAGCGCAGUUUCCAGUACUGAACCUCAUAAUGAAGAUUCACUUUGGCUCUUUAGGCCCUUCUUUUCUCUUUCGUUUAGCAUCGUUAUACCUUUCCACAAUUGUUCCCCUCUGUAGAUGUGU